CCGACCGACCGACCGACCGACCGACCGACCGGCCGACAACCAAGCUUCUGCUCUCCGCUCGUCGACCUCUUCUCGAUCUCAGUCUUGCACUACCGCUCGCCAGUUGGACUGGCCUGGCUGAGCCAGCCGCCAGGCCUCCUUCAUCCGAUAUCCGAACCAUCCUUCCACUCGGUUCCGUCAUCCCCUGCGGACCGACUUGCGACGAUAUCCAACCUCUCGAAACUUUCCCGCGAUCCCGCGACCACCAUACACCAUGGUGAAGCUCAUUUCACCAUCAUUCCCGCCCCGGCGGCCUUCAAGCUUCCUCCGUUACGCCGCCGUCGUCAUCUUUUUCGUGGCUCUCUUCUACUACUUCGACCCCCGAUACCCAAGAGAACCUCUGACACAGCUUCAACCAGAGAAGCCACAGCAACAUCCGCAAACACCAGACGCGGUGCCUCCGGCAAAGGCUGAUGGUGCCGAAAAGCCGCCCGUUCAACCCGAGGCGACACCGAUACCUCCGAAAGACAAACCAGCGUCGUCGGCAGCUAAACCUCCAUCAGCAGGAGAUACCAAGUCCGAAGGCGGCAUCGACCCGUCAAAAGGACACCCUAUAGAUGGUUUGAUCAAAGAGGCCGACGAAACGUUUACCAAGUUGCUGGAGAAGGAAUCCAAGACGCUGCCCGCCGCGGCCAAGGCCUAUCGCGAGCGACGUGGUCGCCACCCUCCGCCGGGCUUUGACGCGUGGUUUCAAUUUGCCCAGGACCGCAAGGCUGUCAUUGUGGAAGACUUUUUCGACCAAAUCUACCACGAUCUUCAACCAUUUUGGGGCCUCGAGCCAUCACGCAUCCGAAAAGAGGCGGCCGAAUGGGAGAUGGUUAUCAAGGUGCGCAAGGGACGAGCCACCCGUAUUAGCGACUGGUUCUGGACCGUCCACUGGACAAACAUGCUUAAAACGAUCGAGCACCUGCUACCCGACAUGGACAUUGCCCUGAAUCCGAUGGACGAGCCGCGCAUGGUGGUGCCGUUUGAGGAUAUGGAGCAGCAUUUGAGAGACGCCGCCCUGACGGAAGGGAUGCCCGAGCCGAAAAAGGUCAUGAACACAUUCCAGGCCCUGCCUAGCAACAAAAAGGAGCUCGACCGCAACGUCAAGGUCAAGAGCAAGCACUGGGACAAAGUCACGAAACAAUACUGGCUCAUUGCCCGCCGUGGGUGCCCUCCCGAUAGCCCUGCUCGACUGGCACAGACGCAAAGAACGUUUGACCAUGCCCCCGCCGUCUCGACAAAGUAUGCCAAACCGCACAUGCGCGACGGCUUUGUCUCCAACUACACACUCUCGACCCAUAUCUGUCACCAGCCCGACCUGCAAGGCCUCAAUGGCAUAUUCAUCGAGCCCCUCAGUACAGCUGCCACGCCUCUGCUGUUCCCAAUGUUUGGUGGUUCCAAACUAGCUGUCAACAACGAGAUUCUCCUUCCUGCGGCCAUGUACUGGACGGAGGAAGAGAGAUUCAGCGGCGGUGGGUACCACGGGGGCCCCUGGAGCAAGAAGAAGGACUCGGCGCUCUGGCGCGGCGUCGCAACGGGUGGGCGCAACCGCGUGGAUAACUGGCAAGGGUUCCAGCGCCACCGGUUCGUGGCCAUGAACAACGCGACCAAGGUUACGGGCGCCGAAGACGGCACGAUGGACCCCAUCAACUUUUCCCUGCCCGAUAAGAUGUACAACCUCGCAGCGCAGGCGGUGGGUGGGCUGGGCGACUGGAUCAAGUCGUGGGCCAAUGUCGGGUUCACGGAUCUCAUGUGCGAGCCCGAGGGCAAGGCCGGAACGUGCAACUACACGAGCCCCCACUUCAACAUCGCCGAGGGCGUCAUGCUCUGGGAGAUGUACGACAACAAGUACCUCCCCGACGUCGACGGCAAUAGCUUUUCGGGCCGGUACCUCGCAUUUCUGGGCAGCACGAGUCUCCCCAUCAAGUCAACGCUUUGGCGGGAAUGGCACGACAGCCGUCUCGUGGCAUGGAAGCAUUUUGUGCCGAUGGACACGAGGUACAACGAAUAUUACGGCAUCAUGGAAUACUUUAUGGGGUACGGUGACGAGAGACCGGGCCAUGACGCCGAGGCGGAGAAGAUUGCCAUGGACGGUAAGGCGUGGGCCGAGAAGGCGCUGCGCAAGGAAGACAUGCAGAUUUACACUCUGCGGUUGCUUCUUGAGUACGCACGCGUCACGGACGAGAGAAGAGAGAGGAUGGGCUGGGUGCAUGACUUGCUGGCGGAGCAGACAUCUACUUAAGAGCGUGAGGCCUGGCAACAGGGUUGUUGUUCGUCGCAUGGAUACCACACCGCGGGAUAUGGGAACUCAAAAAGGCAUGGCGUUAUUUUUUUCUCGAUUUCUUCUCCUUUUCGUCUCCUCGGGGAGUUUUUGGUGUAAAUCGCAAGGGCCCCCCCCC